GCGUAUCAGAUAGAGGAGCUAAAUGGGACUGAGUGGAAGGAUUGGGUAUCUGGAACGCGUCUGAAGAAAUUCGUGGCGAGAGAAGAGGUCUGACUUUACGAAGAAUGCCAUGCCAAGUGGAGGGAGGGGGACACGGCCGCCUCGGAGGCCGUUGGGAGCAUCAGGAGGAUAUGAGCGACAUGGGCCUCGCCAUAGAGAGAGUACUCCAGUAUACGAUGAUGGGGACAUCGAGCUAUGCGACCCUCGCCUGUGGGGCCUGAUGGCAGGCCGAUCCGCCUAGAAAUUGGAAAUGCGUCGGACUUCAUCCCUGCUUUCGAGUGGUUCAUGCAGGGGCAGGGUAUACCGAGAGAUGAGUGGACGAGGACGUUACCCCUCUGGACCAGAAAGGCGGAAAGGCCGCUGGCUAGCCAAAUCAGGGACAUGGCCCGAGACUGGGAGAGCUGCAGGGCGCAUCUGAGAGAGGCCUUUCGACGGCCAGAGUCCCCCCAGCCCAUAGUCGAGAGACGUCAGAGGAGUCAGAGGUCGAGGGACCCUGAGCCCAGGGAGGUGAGGCCGUCUCGGGGAAGACGGAAGGCCCUAGCCAGGAGAGAGGAGGAGCCGGAGCAGGAGCCAGAGGUUGAGGAGCGAGGGGCAUACCCUGAGUGUGGGUUGGGACCAGUGGAGUUCCAUCGUUUUACCGAGGGUGGAUUGAGGAGGUCACCACCACACACACGGGAGGAGCCACCGGUGUCUGAGGGGCCGUUGAGAGAGUUAGAGACGCAUCUGGAUAUCUCUCAGUGGAGAGCAUCGCCUCAGGAUGAGAAGCAUGAAGAGCAAGUAAAAGGGGUGCCACGAGAGGAGGUACCACAAGAGGAGGUGCCACGAGAGGAGGUGCCACGUGAGGAGGUACCGCGAGAGGAGGUGCCACGAGAGGAGGCGCAGGGUACUCAGCAAGAGAGUAGGCUAGGCGACAUGGGGAGACAUGCAGGGAAGGAAGUGAUAGAGGUUGGCGAGGACACACCCCCACAGGCGCCAGCAAUGGGUUUAAGACUCGGGGAUGCACCAGGGAGCGCUCGUCAGGCAGAGGAGAGAUUGCGGAGAGGGGAGGCCCCACUUCCUUCAUCAGAGAGGGCUCCAUCGCCAGAGGGGAGAGCCGGCAGGAGGAGAGAAAGGGCAGCUGUAAGGAGGGAAGCCUUGACCCUGAUUGAUAGGCACCUAGUAGCUUAUGCCCUGGAGCAUCCAGACCUGGAGGAGCCAGCACCUGCAGAGCCGCGCCGGGAGCCGUACCAACCCGAGAAGGAGAUGGAAGCAAAAAUCCCGAAGAGGGUCGACCUCCGCACGAGGGAAAGGGCGCCAGCUGGAGAGACGGCUGAAGAAAAGAGAGCAAGAAGAACUAGACGGAUAGAUGAGAUAUGGCAGGAGAGGCAGAGGUUGGAGGCAGCGGGGGAGCUUCCGAAGCAGCAACAGGAGAGGCAGAGAUCGGAAGCAGCAGGAGCACUCCCAGGUCAGCCACCCAGCGCGCCAGCUAGGGCCCCGGAGAUUCCUGAGAUGUGGAGAGACUUCUGGAAGCGGAGAGGAGAGGAACUUCCAUCGCYAGUCAGAGCCGGGUUUGGGGUGGCCAGGAAGGCGGAAGAGAGGUUAGAUCGUAAAAUCAAGUUCCUGGCCAGGACCACUUUUGACCGGCACUUGCUAUUGGAGGGCAAUCUGACAGGGAAGAAGAAGGAAGCAAGCCAUGGAGUACGCCUGGAGGCUAUGGAGAUGGAAAUUCAGCAACUCAGGGCCUUGGUGGCCAGCCAGGCAGCAAUCAUCGAGAGCCUGAGGCAGCAAACCCAGGGAAGGGUGGAAAGGCCAGAGAGCAGCAGGCAGGUAGAGCAGAGGCAGCCAGGACAAGGAUUGCCAGGACAGCCAUCUGCAGGAGAGCCUCGCCAGGAGCCACCUAUGGGGAGAGUUAUCUUGGAGCCAGAGGAGGCGAGAGCCCAGAGACAGGCAGAGAGAGAGGCGUUCGAGUUUAGAGCCCCUACUGAGCUCGCGACGCUGCCAAUGGCGGCGGCAGGCCCAGUCGUACCUUUGGCAGUAGAGGAGGGGCUGCCACCAUCUAGCAGUGAGCCGGCUCAGGGCUCGGCAGAGGGAUCCAUGGGCGUGCUCUUUGAGGCGGUGCAUACUAUACAGGAGGAGGUGAGUUUGUUUUCACCUGAGCAGAGGAUAGAGGAGCCUCUUGAGAGAGAGAUAGGGAUUGAGGCAGAGGGUGCCAUCGAGAGUAGGCUCCAGAGGAUGGGCACGCCUGAGUAUGAGCCAGGGGGGAUUGAGGAGCAGCCCAUGGCAGUGCCUAGAGAGACACUCGAGAAGAAACCUCAGAGGUUGAACACACCUGAGUACGUCCCAGUGACAGGGGAUUUGAGGAGCAGRCUGGGGUUUUGGGCUACAGGAUCUGGGUCUAGGGGACCGGUUCCUGGGACAGAGCAGCAGGAGGUCGUUAGUACCGCAGCUCCUCAAGCAGAGCAGCAGGGGGUUGUCAGUACCUUGGCAGGAUCUCCUUCGUCACCACCUCCUCAGCCCAGGAAGAAGAAGUUCAAGAGGAAGAUUGAUCAGCUAUGCUUCUACUGCAAACGGGGCGUGCAUCUGGCUCUGGACUGUCUCGAGUUCCUUGAGGAUAAGGCAGUAAGGAAGGUCUCAGAGGUAGGGGGUAAGAUGUAUGAUAGACAGGGCAGGAUAGUAGAGAAGUCUGCAGAUGGACUUAGGGCUCAGUUAUAUAGGCAAAACCAAGAGGAGUUGAGGAGGUAGGGCCCGGUUGUCUAUGUAAGUGGGCGGGUGUCUUGUGAGGCAUCAGCUUAGGUU